ACACACGAGAUAGGUAGGGUUUUGUCCCAACAGAUGAAUGGCGGCGCGGGUGAAUUUCGUACUCUUAGCUGUGGGAUUGCAACGACGGCGUUUGAAGAUGGUUGUGCUAAGGUGCUGUUUUGGUGGCGGACGAGCCCAGGAGGGCGAUCGUGAAGACAAUUGUAGGACCCAUCUUCUCGACUUUGCUGGUUGUGGGUGACCUGCCGCUAGUGCUAAUGUUGGGCAGGGAAUUACACGAUGAGUACUGGUGUAACCAUGAGUUUAUAUCGAUGAAGAUGAGGCGUGAAUGUCGUAGCCGUGAGGAAGGGAAGACGCGCCGGUGCGUCACGGGGGAUAAGGUCAUUGUGAGCGGAGACAACGACCACAACAAUGGAUCUCAGCCUCAACAGUUCAACCCCGCCGGCAACCGUACACUUUUGAAUCCAUCAACCCAUUACAACCCCCAGCCCCAUCAUCACCAUCCCAGCAACUCCAAGCACCUCAACCCGCAACCUAGCACCAUCACUCUUCUUCCCAUUAGCAGAUCCACCGGCACCCACAGCAGCACCGCCUCCCCCGGCCUGAUUACUUCCCCCAUGACUCCCAUCAACGCCACCACUUGUACCCGUGUGGCCGCUAGUACCUCUACUGUGCCCUCUUCCAUGUCCACCAUGGCCUCCGUGACCGCCGUGAUGCUGGGUGUUCUCGUUUUGGUCGUCUUCGUCGAAAUCAGUCAUUUCAACGUCGGCAUCGACUGA